AUGCACCUGCACCUCUCAGCUCUGUCAUCUGGACCGACUAACAAACUGAUGAAUGUGGACAGUAACAGUGCUGUCACCGACGUCUCUGAGCUCACCACACAGGACCAUCCCAUCCCAUCCUCUUGUGACAUCCUGGAGGGAGACUCGCCCCUCAAAAAACUCUCCACUGGGAUGACGAAACACUCGGGGGCAGACACUUUCUCUAAGGAAGAUCAGAAUGGUAAACUUUCGGCAGCGCAGGACACAGUAUCCGAUAUCCGGGUCAAUUUCGAUGGAUCUAAUUCAGAUAGGUUUCACUUGUCUCAGCCGAGCCAAGGGCUGCCUGCCUCUACCUCUUCUGAUGCCAUGUUCCCUUAUCCGAGUCAGCUUGGGCCAUCUCAUCCAACUUUAGCAAUAGGAAGUCCAAGCCAUUACAUGACACAUCACCCGAUCAUUACUAAUGGUGCGUGUAACGGACUGUUUAGCAGCCCUUCUCGACAGGGCUAUUCAAGCCCGGGCUACUCUUACACACAACAGUAUGGACACCCUUACCAAAGUGGCGCGUUCUACCACCUCUCCCCAGCGCAACCUGGGUUCGGGUCUGGUAAAGCGCAGAUUUAUCUGUGCAACAGGGCGCUUUGGCUUAAAUUUCACAGACAUCAAACGGAGAUGAUUAUCACCAAACAAGGACGGCGGAUGUUUCCCUACUUAAGUUUUAACGUUUCUGGUCUGGAUCCGACUGCGUAUUAUAACAUAUUUGUGGAUGUUAUUCUGGCGGACCCCAAUCACUGGAGAUUCCAAGGAGGAAAGUGGGUACCGUGUGGAAAAGCAGACACCAAUGUAACGGGAAACCGUAUAUACAUGCAUCCAGAUUCUCCAAAUACUGGGACGCACUGGAUGCGACAGGAGAUUUCAUUUGGAAAAUUGAAGUUGACGAACAACAAAGGAGGUUCAAAUAACACUGGUCAGAUGGUGGUCCUUCAAUCCCUUCAUAAAUACCAGCCCAGAGUACAUGUGGUCGAGGUGGAAGAGGAUGGAACAGAGGACUCGAGUCAACCAGAGAGAGCGCAAACGUUUACUUUCCCAGAGACGCAAUUUAUUGCGGUCACAGCCUACCAGAACACAGACAUUACCCAGUUAAAAAUUGAUCACAAUCCAUUUGCCAAAGGAUUUCGGGACAACUAUGACACAAUUUAUUCAGUAUGUGACACUGACCGACUGACCCCAUCACCUUGUGACUCCCCUCGCUCUCAGACCAUGCCUGGUGCACGCUAUGCCAUGGCGAACUCUUUUCUCCCGGACCAGUUCGUCAGUAAUUAUGCCAAAUCUGGCUUUCAUCCUAGUCUUGGGUCUGCUCCUGGUAUUGAACGAAUCGCUCCGGUUACCAGCACGCUUGUUCCCGCGCGAACAGAGGACAGUUCCACGGCCGCUACUCAGCGAUGGUUUGCAACAGCUUCCGCAAACAGAUUGGAUUUUCCUGUCACGACCUACGAUGCGGUCACAGCUACAGAUCUGGCCAGUAAUGCGGCCACUAUAUUGUCCUAUGCUGCUGCAGGAGUCAAGGGGUUACCUCUUAUUGGUAACGGGGGUUCGGGUCGGGCUCUGGGUUACUACACCGAUCCCGUAGGAUGGGGAACCUGCAGCCCACCACAGUAUGGUAAAUCCGCCUCCGGUCAGUUUGGCUGGGGCUUACACUCGCCAGGAAACAAUUCUGAAGCGCCAACAUAUUUCACAAGUGAAGGAGAAAUCACAGAAAAAGAGAUAACGGAACCCACCUGGAUCGAAACUCGACCCCCCAUUAAACCCCUUGAUUCAAGCGGCUCGGAGAUUUUUGAGCAAGCAAAGAGAAUGCGAGUGUCCCCACCCGCCACUCCUGCGUCAGGGGAGGAACCUCCAUUAAAAACAGGGCUGCUGAUUACACAAGAACGCGAGGAAACAGGUGUCAAGAACGGGAACUCUUUCAGUUUUUAUCAACAUAGUUAA